AGUAGAAUGAACCGUGUUCGGGAUUCAAGGCACGGAGACGAAAUAAGUGAAAAAUACGUUGUUAGUAGAAUGAACCGUGUUCGGGAUUCAAGGCACGGAGACGAAAUGAGUGAAAAAUACGCUGUUGUAAUGAUGACACUCAAAAAAAAAAAAAAAUCAAAUGCGAUACAAUGGAAGUCAUGCACACCCGAGCAAAUCGAGCGAAAUUCAAUCUUAGAUCAUAAAAUUAAUAGAAUGAACCGUGUUCGGGAUUCAAGGCACGGGGACGAAAUAAGUGAAAAUACGUUGUCGUAA